UAGCUAGCUCGCAAAUGAUCAGGAGCCUUCGAGUCAAAAGUUUUCUAAAUUUAUUCGAGAGGGGAAUCAAUUUAAGGCGUAAGAUUGCAUUCUUCUUAACUUCCAGAAGUUUCAAUUCUGUCUGCAAACGACGCAUUUUUGAAAGUUAACUAAGGGAAGGAGAUUUUAAUGCAAACAUUUUGACGCGUGGGAUUUACAAACAAGUCCUGUGGGCUUAAACACUAUGAAGAUCACGAGUAUAUGAGAUUGAUCGUCGUCAGUUAAAUAUGAGCAUCAACAGGAUAGCGAUAAGGACAAACAAAGGAAAUUAUAUUGGUGGGGAAAAGAUUUACGGGACUGUGUAUCUAUGGAUUUGUAGCACUGAUCCAUGCAGAGGAGUGAAACUUAAAUUCCGAGGAUAUGAAAAAUGUGAAUGGGAAUUUCGAGAAGUACAACAAGAUGAAGAAACUCAAUUACCAGUCGAGAAGAUAGGAACCAAAAAUUCAAGGAGAGAUAUGUUCAGAGCUGAACUGCGUCUCAUUGAAUAUCCCGAUGGAAUACCUAUGGGUUGUUAUGCAUAUCCCUUCCAUUACACAUUGCAACAAGGCUUACCAGGAUCUUUUGAAGGUGAAGGAAAUCAGACUAAUGGAGACAAAUGGAAAGCCAAGAUUACGUACAAAGUGAUAGCUGAGGUCGAUAGGCCAGGAUCAGGGGAGGUUCUCAAGGCUUCACAGGUCAUCACAGUCAAUGAAAAUCUUCCACUGACAUCAGUUGAGCCUGAAGUUAUCACAGCGCGCAGAACUGUGAAAAUUUGUUGCUGUAUUCCAAAAGGAGAUGUAUUGCUUAAUGCCUGGUUGGAUAAGAGGGUUUACACAUCAGGAGAAACAGCUUCGCUUCAAGUUGAUGUUAAGAACAAUUCCAAUGUUGACAUUGAUUCAUUUAUUGUGAAGCUUUUUAGAGUGGUUAACCUCAAACCUCAGGACAGAGAGCUUUCAACAUCUGUCAGCAGCCAAGAAAGCAGGGCAACUGUCAUGACAAGGAGUCCAUGUGUUGUAGAAAACAUGAAGGAGAAGUCACUAGGUGGUUGCAAGGGAAAACAGCUCAGAAACAUGGAAAUACCCCUUGAACUUUGGAAGGAGUCCUCGCGGGAGGAAUUUCAACCAUCUACUAGUGGUCAAAUUUUAAAGAGUACAUACCAUGUUGAUGUUGAGAUAGCCAUCAAGUGGGCAGUGCCAAUCUCUGCCCAGUUGCCUGUCACUUUGAGAUCACCACCCAGUCAAUCUUGGAGUGAAUGGGAGCCACCUCCCUGGGUGUACAACUGCAGAGUCAUAAAAAUCACUGGCCCAUGUGCUGUUCCAGAGCAUUUAUUAGGUUCCAAAUUGUUUGUCAACAUUCCUGGAAUUCAGGCUGAUCCGUUUUAAGAGCUUUGCAAGCACCAGUUUGAUGUGCAGUGAAUUGUAAAGCCUACUCGCUUGUCUUUAACCAAUAGUUUGGUUGUAGUAAAUAUUUUAGGUUAGAGAGCCCCAAUUUGAUAGGUGACAACUAAUUAUGUCAUAAAAGCAAUAGAACACAUUUUUCUGGGUGCUAUAAUGAGUUCAAGGCACUUGGGAUGUUGUAUUAACACUCAGAAAGCUUAUAAAUCACUUGCCUUCAGCUCUUCAUUUUUAAUCUUUUCUCAUCUCGUAAUGUCCGAAGUGGCUUUAUCACAUUAUGGGGCCCGAAAAAUUGGUUCUAUUGCUUAAAUAGAGAAAUGCCUAUGGAGAAGUCAGCACCCAUAACUAGAGCAUUAAGAAUCUUAACUGGUAGCCUGGUACAGGCAUUCAGUUAGUAAAACAGAGUUUAAUAGUCAAGGUAACAGUAGCAGCAGAACAAAAGUGAUAUAGGUUUGGGUUGCAUCAUGCCCACCUUCCAGCAUUUUUUUCACCAUUUACUAGUGCACUGCAUUUCACUGAAGCCUGCAACAGGUUACUUGUUAGAGAAGAAUUGUCUCUUGGUGGAAUCUCUUCUAUGACUGGUGACAGGCAAAAGAGGUGACUUUAAAAUUUUGAAAAAAUGAUUUUAGAGUAUAGGUAGGAAUUAAAUUUUAAGUAGGAAAUGUUUCAGUGCAUUUCACUUUUGUUAGUGGAGUGACCAUAGUAAUGCGAUAUUAAAACUUUAUGGUAUCAUAUAGGUAACAUUAUGUAGUGAAAGAAUUAUGGAAUUUUAUUUAAAUUUUAUUAUUAUUAUUAUAACCAUCAAAAAAUAUCACAAACAACAACAAUGAGCUUGAAACUAAUACAAUUUUAGCAAAGUUGAAAAUUGUUCUUUAGAUAUGUUCACAAAUUUAAAAAUUGUCCUCAUUUGGGGUCAAAUUAGCAACAUGUAGCAACAGGUAAUCACAGACUUAGUUUAAACAGGAUGUUUCAUUGCAAUCAUGAUUAUAUACAAGGUGUUUGAAAAAGACAGUCUGGAAUAAGAUAAUGAUUCAGAUUCACCAGCCAUUUCAAUCAGCUUGGUGAUUUGCGGUGUGCAAACAAGAUCAGUUUGUCUCAAAAUUUCCUAGGACCAAUGAUAAACAAAACGGGAUAGAAGACAUGAUUUUUGGACAAAAUAUGAUAGCUAUUUUAACAGAAUAUUAGAGUUUUAAAGAGCGCUUUUAGGAACUUAUUUAUAAUAAUAAUAAUAAAAGUGUUAUAAUAAUGAUGCAAUUUCAUUUUACUAUCCUAAGUAAACCAGAUUCACAUGAAGUAAUUUUCACCCAGGCCUUAAAAUGCAAACAAAUUGUAAAUAGACAUAAAUGUGAUGUUUAAAAACUCCAACUAGCUGGAGGCAGACCAGCUAGCUGUAUGCCAAGUCCAGCCAAGGAGUUAAACUUGGGGCAAUCAAGAACAAAUCCAGUGAGUAGCAGGUUGGAGGCCUUGAACCUGGGACUACCAGAUAACAAGACCAACGCCCUGACUACUCAGCCACACUGGCUUGCCAAUAUUAUUUACAUAAUAGGUGACAGCAUCAGGCUCUAUGUAGAAUUUUAUGGAGUUUAUUCUAUCUGAUAUUAAAACAAGUCAUGCAAAUAUUGACUUCUUACUUCAGGAAAUCAGGGAAGAAUUUCUUUAAAGAUACACAAUGCAAAUAUGGUCAUGAAUCGAGUUAAAUGCUGAAUUAUAAUUAGGAAGACACAAUAUAGUUUAACUAAGGCCUUCUUGUAAGAAAUUAUUAAAUGUUUUUUACUCAA